AUGGAUUCGGAGCCGGAGUGGAAGCUCUCGUCACUCAUUUAUCAACUAAUGAACAUCGACGUAUCAGACUCAGAGUCCAUAUCAGUCGCUAGAGGGAUUUACUCUCUCAUCGACUCUAUGGAUUUGGAUUCCCAACCGGAGCCAGAGUCGGAGCUCAUAUCAGUCAUUAAGCAAUUAAUCUCUCUUUUUAGCUCCAUAUCGGGUUCAGAUUCGGAACCGGAGACAGAGCUCAAAUCACUCCUGACUCAACUGAUCUCUCUCAUCAGCUCCAUAGAUUCUGAUCUGGAUCCGGAGCCAGUGCCGGAGCUCAUGUUACUCAUCACUCAAGUAUUCCAUGGUAUCCCUUCUUUGGCUAGGGGUUCGGGGCUCAGAUCCUGCAUUUUUCGAUUAUUAUCUAUCGUUGACACUAUGGAGAGGGAGGCGAAGCCGGAACAUCUUAUUUCUAUGGAUUCAGAAAUGGAGCUGGAAUCGGAGCUCAUAUCACUUAUUUCUCAAUUGUUCAAUGCGGAAAUGGAGUCGGAGUUCGUAUCAAUCAUCCAUCAAAUAAUCUCCUUCGUUAACUCUAUGGAUUUGGAUUCACAGCCGAAGCCGGAGUCAAAGCUCAUGUCACUCACUUCUCAAAUACUCUCUUUUUUCAACUCUAUGGAUUUAGAUUCGGAGCCUGGGCCACUGUCGCAGCUCAUAUCACUCAUUUCUCAAGAACACUACUCUAGUUUGGAAUCGGAGCUCUUACAACUUAUAGAUGAAGUACUCGAUUUGGAGCUGGAGUCGGAGCUCAUGUCACUCAUCAGUCAGAUACUCUCCCUCGUCAUCUCCAUGGAUUCAAAGCGGCAGAAGCUUAUUUUCUUGUGCCCUCAAGUAGAGGUAGACUUUGAACAAGGAAAGUUUCAUGUGACUGGAAAAGUACAUGGGAGCAAUAAAUGGAGGGAUUGUCUCCCUAUGUUCUGGGACCAACUCAGUUUGCCUGGGGAAGAAACUACCCGUUUUCGCUGCGUUGGUUGCAAUGGGGAGAAGCAUGGAACAUUUGAAAAGGCUCCACUCGAGAUUAAACACCCUCUCCAUCCAAAACAUUCUCUUCAGCUUGUCUUGCUGAGUGAACAUGAAGAAAACAUGAAAUGUUAUUGCUGUGAUGGAUAUCUCAAAGACAUAUUUUACUGUUGCGUGGCUUGCAACUAUGUCAUGAAUGUAGCUUGUGUGGAGAAACUACCGCUCUUAUCUAUAGAUCAUCCUAAGUGGCAUGAGCAUACACUUGCUCACUUUCCAAGACAAGCUUCUUUAACUUGCGACCUUUGUGCCCUGGCAGAUUCAAGCUCUCCUUUCUAUAUAUGUCUGCUUUGUGACUUUGUGGUCCAUCAAAGCUGUCUCAGCUUACCACGUGUCAUCCGGAUAUCUCGCCAUCCCCAUCGAAUCUCUUUUACUCCUUCUUUUGACCAAUUAGGAAAUUGGUCUUGUGGUAUUUGUCGCAAAGAGAUCAACAAUGACUACGGAGGUUAUUCUUGCAUCAAGGAUGGUAGUUCGUACGCGGCUCAUUCAAGAUGUGCCACUCAGAGCAAUGUGUGGGAUGGUAAAGAACUCGAGGGAGUGCCAGAAGAAACUGAAGAAGAAGAGAAGCCGCCGUUUGUGAGGAUAAGCGAUGGUGUCAUUCAACAUUUCAGUCAUGAACAUCAUCACCUCAAACUUGAUGAGAAUGCUGGCAGAGAUUACGAUGAGAAUAAGCAGUGCCAAGCGUGCAUCACACCGAUCUAUUUCAGCAACUACUACUCGUGUAUUCAAUGUGAGUAUAUACUACACGAAACAUGUGCAAAUCUUUCUCGCAAAAUGCAUCACCCUAUACAUCCACAUCUGCUUACUCUAGUAAACGUAUAUGACCGUGUUGUAAAAAUAAGCGCUGGUAGAAAGAACUAUAAGAGUGCAUGUUCAGCUUGUCCUUGGUUGUGCACAAUUGGUUUCUUCUAUGUGUGCGGUGAAGAAGGAUGUCGUUUUAAGGUACAUGUGCAGUGUGCUACAAUUUCUGAGCCAUUAGAUCACGAAAGUCAUAUCCAUCCUUUAUUCCUAACAUCCAAACCAGGAGAGACCAGAAUAUGUUCAGUUUGCCACUAUAAUGAUUACGCAGAAACAUUCAACUGCAUUGAAUGUGACUUCGCUUUGUGUUUCCGGUGUGCUACUUUACCUCCAAAGGUGAGGUAUAAGCAUGAUACGCAUAUCCUCGCUCUUUCUUAUGGGAAAGAGGCAAGUACUACGACGUACUGGUGUGAAGCUUGUGAGGGAAUCAUAAAUCUGAAUACGGGGUUUUAUAUUUGUGAUGAGUAUUGUUGUGUUACUCUACACAUUGGUUGUCUCAUUGGAAAGGACUUAUACAUGAAGCCCGGUUCAUCGUGGUUAUACAAAGAUAGCGAAGUAAGCGUUCUGCCCAACAAUCAGCAUAUGUCUCGACCUUUUUGUUCUGAUUGUGAGAACCGUUGUCCUUUCAAAAUAGUGUUCCAGCGCUCUGGAUCAAUAUUUUGUACCACAAGGUGUAUGCGUAAUAGUAUUUGGUAA